UCUUCAGGCGUAGGGGCGGCGAGGCUGCGCGGGGGAUGUUAGGACAGGUGGGGCGAACAUUUUUCAGUUGGUGGCCGGCCAGGUCUCCCUCAGUUUAGGGACGAGAUGGGUCUAAUUCCCUUCAGUUUGAGGAAUGAAAUGGAUGGUUUCCCGUCGAGUGGAGAAAGCAGUGAGAUGGGUCCUUUUCAGCUUGGAGAAAGCAGUGGGAUGGAUUCCACUCAGUUUGAAGGAAGACGUGGGAUCUGUUCCUUUCCAGUUGGGGAAGAGGACCGGGUAUCCUUUCAGUUCUGGGAAAAUGAGAAGAUGAUUCUCAAUUUGGUGGUGGUGGUGGAGUUUUGGAGAAGUAAAUGGGUGCCUCUCAGCUUGUAUGAAAAUGGAGAUGGUCCUCCUCAAUUUGGGGCCAGAUGAGCCGAAUGUCCCUUAGAUUUGGGGGAAAAGUUGGGUGGAACCUGCUCAGUCUGCGGAGAAUCGAUCAGCUAGGUUUUCCAUAGUUUAGAAGAGAUGUUCCCCUCAGUUUCUUGGAAACAGUGAGAUGGGUUAUCUGUAGUUUGACGGAAAAGGAGGGCCGAGUGCCCAUUGGUUUGGGAGAUGAGGAACAGCCUCCUUCUCAGCCUGAAAUGAGCUGGGCCCAGUUUGGGGUUUCAGGGGACGUUACGGGUAGCGUUGUCCCUCACGGCUAGCUGGGCGUGCCCGGUGUGUGUGCGCAUGCGCAGCGCAGAGUGGGGUGGGGGCCAGGAGGGGGUCCGAGGCUCCAGCCCGCGGCGCGGAAAGCGGCCGCGCACCGCCCCCUGCCGGCCGCAUGGUGCACCGCCGGGCCCUUGGCUUCCGCACCCAGUGGCGGCGCGCAGCGGGGUGGUACUAGCCGAGAACGAGCCGCGCCCCUUCCACCCGGACCCUGAUCCUUCGCAGAACCCCCUCUUCCGCGGCAGGCUUCCCCUCUGGCGCGUGGGUCGCCGCGGUGCUCCUAGAGGGCAGUGUUAGCACACAACCCUGAAUCUGGGUGGGGGACAAUUUGGGAAAGGUUUGAGAGACCGGACUCCAAGGAGUAGAUUGCGGGACUUGGAGGGAGAGGGCCGCACUGGGGAAUUUCCGUAGCAGAGACAGGUUUAGCAGGAAGGAGGAAAGGGGGUCCCGAGUACGGACGCCAGGGGCGGGGUCUCAGAGUAUAGACCUGGCUUGGGAGUGUCGGAGCCAGGAUUGGGGGGAGCGGGUCCCACGUGCCUGUGACGCGGGGGCGCCCGGUAGGCGGCGGCGACGCGGGGCUGGCAACCGCACGGUGCCGAGAGAGCGGCUAGUCCGGCGGCGGGAUGCUGCGCGUCGCACUGCCCCUGCUCGGGCUGCCCCUGGCGGGGGCGGGGGCAGCCGAAGAGCCCACACAGGAGCCGAGGGCGCCGGGCGAGCCUCCCCCAGGUUUGGCGCUCUUCCGCUGGCAGUGGCACGAGGUGGAGGCGCCCUACCUGGUGGCCCUGUGGAUCCUGGUGGCCAGCCUGGCCAAGAUCGUGUUUCACCUGUCUCGGAAGGUGAUGUCUCUGGUCCCUGAGAGCUGCCUGCUGAUUUUGCUGGGCCUGGUGCUAGGGGGCAUUGUCUUGGCUGUGGCCAAGAAAGCUGAGUACCAGCUGGAGCCAGGCACCUUCUUCCUCUUCCUGCUGCCUCCUAUUGUGCUGGACUCAGGCUAUUUCAUGCCCAGCCGGCUGUUCUUUGACAACUUGGGUGCCAUCCUCACCUAUGCUGUGGUGGGCACACUCUGGAAUGCCUUCACAACAGGCACUGCCCUCUGGGGCCUGCAGCAGGCUGGACUUGUGGCCCCCAGAGUGCAGGCUGGCUUGCUGGACUUCCUGCUGUUUGGGAGCCUCAUCUCAGCGGUGGACCCCGUGGCUGUGCUGGCUGUCUUUGAGGAGGUGCACGUCAACGAGACCCUCUUUAUCAUCGUCUUUGGCGAGUCCCUGCUCAAUGAUGCAGUCACCGUGGUGCUGUACAAGGUCUGCAACUCCUUUGUGGAGAUGGGCUCUGCCAAUGUGCAGGGCACUGACUACCUGAAGGGAUUCGCCUCCCUGUUUGUGGUCAGUCUGGGCGGGGCAGCUGUGGGCUUAGUCUUUGCCUUCCUCCUGGCCCUGACCACACGCUUCACCAAGCGGGUCCGCAUCAUCGAGCCGCUGCUGGUCUUCCUCCUCGCCUAUGCUGCCUACCUCACUGCUGAAAUGGCCUCGCUCUCCGCCAUUCUUGCGGUGACCAUGUGUGGCCUGGGCUGCAAGAAGUAUGUGGAGGCCAACAUCUCCCAUAAGUCACGCACAGCUGUCAAAUACACAAUGAAGACUCUGGCCAGCUGCGCCGAGACUGUCAUCUUCAUGCUGCUUGGCAUCUCGGCCGUAGACUCUUCUAAGUGGGCCUGGGACUCUGGGCUGGUGCUGGGCACCCUCUUCUUCAUCCUGUUCUUCCGAGCCCUCGGCGUAGUCCUGCAGACGUGGGUGCUGAAUCAGUUCCGAUUGGUCCCUCUGGACAAGAUUGACCAGGUGGUGAUGUCCUAUGGGGGCCUGCGGGGGGCUGUGGCCUUUGCUCUCGUCAUCCUACUGGACAGGACCAAGGUCCCUGCCAAGGACUACUUUGUGGCCACAACUAUUGUGGUAGUCUUCUUCACAGUCAUUGUGCAGGGCUUGACCAUCAAGCCCCUGGUCAAGUGGCUGAAGGUGAAGAGGAGUGAGCAUCACAAACCCACCCUGAACCAGGAGCUGCAUGAGCACACUUUUGACCACAUUCUGGCUGCAGUGGAGGACGUUGUGGGGCACCAUGGCUAUCACUACUGGAGGGACAGGUGGGAGCAGUUUGACAAGAAGUACCUGAGUCAGCUGCUGAUGCGGCGAUCAGCCUACCGCAUCCGGGACCAGAUCUGGGAUGUGUACUACAGACUCAACAUCAGGGACGCCAUCAGCUUCGUGGACCAGGGAGGCCACGUCUUGUCUUCCGCAGGGCUCACUCUGCCCUCUAUGCCCAGCCGCAAUUCUAUGGCCGAGACCUCUGUCACCAACCUGCUGAGGGAAAGUGGCAGUGGAGCAUGUCUGGACCUGCAGGUGAUUGACACAGUGCGCAGUGGCCGCGAUCGGGAGGAUGCUGUGAUGCAUCAUCUGCUCUGUGGAGGCCUCUACAAGCCACGCCGCAGGUACAAAGCCAACUGCAGCCACCACUUCAUCUCGGAGGAUGCACGGGAGCGGCAGGAUAAGGAGGUCUUCCAGCAGAACAUGAAGCGGCGGCUGGAAUCCUUUAAGUCCACCAAGCAUAACAUCUGCUUCACCAAGAGCAAGCUGCGACCCCACAAGGCUGGCCACAGGAAGAAGGACGGUGUGGCUAACACUGAGUCUACAAAUGGGAAACCUCCUCGAGACCUGGGCUUUCAGGAUACAGCUGCUGUGGUACUAACCGUGGAGUCUGAGGAGGAGGAGAGUGACAGUUCAGAGACAGAGAAGGAGGACGAUGAGGGGAUCAUCUUUGUGGCUCGGGCCACCAGUGAGGUUCUUCAGGAGGGCAAGUUCUCAGGCAGCCUUGAAGUGUGCCCGAGCCCUCGCAUCAUCCCACCCUCCCCAACCUGUGCAGAGAAGGAGCUACCCUGGAAGAGUGGGCAGAGGGACCUGGCAGUGUACGUGUCCUCGGAGACCACCAAGAUCGUGCCUGUGGACAUGCAGACAGGCUGGAACCAGAGUAUCUCAUCCCUGGAGAGCCUGGCAUCCCCGCCCUGUACCCAGGCCCCAACUAUAACCUGCCUGCCUCCCCACCCACUGGUUGCUGAAGAGCCCCAGACCCUUCUCCACCAGUUCUCUGAUCCUCACUCAAGCUUCGCCUUUCCUCCGAGCCUGGCUAAGGCUGGCCGCUCUCGCAGUGAGAGCGGCACUGACAUCCCCCAGCAGCAGGAGCUGCAGCCCCUCAUGGGCCACAAGGACCCCACCCAUCUUAGCCCAGGUGCUGCCAAUCCCCGCUGGCACAUCCAGUUCAACAGAAGUGGCCAGCUGUAGCCCAGGAACUCAGAAGGAUAGGAGGCAGGAGCGCCUGUGGGCGGUGUUCCCUGGGCCAUGGGCAGAGGAGCCCACUCAGCCUGACAUGGGGCAGUGGGGCCUGGACUGAAGUAGCAACUGAGCACCAAUCCCUUGGGGGCAGGUCAGAGGGAUCUUCUGGGCUGGUCCUCAGAGGCAUCCUUCUCAUCAUCCUCCCUACUCCUACUCUCUGCUGCCUUCCCUGUCAGUGAGGGCCCUACUCUGGCACAGGACCCAGUACGGAGCUUCUAGGGGCUAGGGUCAAGUCUUGGGUAGCUGAUGCUCCUUCUCCAGUGGUCUUCUUGGGGUUAUUCUAGGCAGCCGUUCCUGCCCCCAAAACAAGGGCAUCAUUCUUCAACUGAUAUUGGCCUUGCCCUCCACCUCCUCCCCAGUGCCAUACCAGGGGCAAUUCCCUGGCAAUGAGGUUCAGAAAGGGGCUGGUCCUCAGAGGGACUGGGGUGAGAGGUGGAGCAGGCCUCAACCUUGGGCUUUGCUGCCUUGAGCCAAGCUACAUAUAGUCUGUUUUUUUAGGGCAGUGAGGGAAUCUCUGCCUCCACUUGUUGCUUUAGCCCCUUCCCUUUGCUGCUGCUGAUGUGGUGACAGUUCCUUUCUCCAGAAACAAGGCCAAGGGGCUGGGCCUGCUUCAGACCAGGCUGCUUCCACUCUGGGGAUCUGUUGCUCUGGGUCCAAGUCUGGACCUUUCUGGUUUUUGGGUCUGAAUUUUCUGAGGAGAGGAGACAGUGACCUCUUGGCUUCCAUGUCACCACCUCCACAUUCCCCAAACAGGAAAAAAUGCAGGUGUCCUAGGGCCACUGCUCCAUUGCUCAGGGGGUUAACUGGGUGGCAGGUGACUUUUCUGGGGUUAGCACCUGCCCUGUCUUUUGUACCUUGAACCUAAGAUACAUUAAAUAUCUCCCAGAUG